AUGACGUUCUCCGGAGGCAAGCGCUCCUGCAUCGGCUUCAAAUUUUCCGAGAUGGAGAUGAAGGUUGUACUAUCUGUCCUCCUGUCGAAGUUCACCUUCGAGCCGAGCGGCAAGCCAAUCCAUUGGAACGUCGGCUUGGUCUGGUACCCGACGGUCGGGAAGGAGAGCAACAAGCCGGAGCUGCCGUUGAAGGUUGGCUUGUAUCAGCCAUCGGCGGUGAACUGA